AUGACUAAAAAAGUGCGACGAAGUGAAAAUAUUACUGAAGAUCAUCAACAACUAUAUGAAAAUUUUCUUAAAUAUCUAGAAAUCACGAAAUCCUUGCGAAAAAUAAAUACUAAUUCAUCUACUCCAGCAUUUCAAGGUCUCAAUGCAACGCCACUCGGUUUAUGUUCAUUUGCUUUAACAACAUUUGUUGCGUCAAUGUAUCUGUGCGGUAUAUCGGUGCCGGUUGAUGCAUCUAUCGGUGUUGUCAUGGGCGCUGCUCUAUUCUAUGGUGGAGCCACUCAACUCUUAGCUGGUUAUCUCUCAUUUCGUGAAGGAAACACCUUUGGGGCUGUGGCAUUUUGUUCGUAUGGAGGAUUUUGGCUUAGUUUCGGAUCAAUUCAUAUAGCUGCUUUUAAUUUUCUCGUCGGUUAUAAGGAUGAAUCUAUUUUAAAUAAUGCAUUGGGUAUGUUUUUUCUUUCAUGGGCAAUUUUUACAGGAUUGAUGACCUUAUCUUGUCUACGCACUAAUUUUAUUACUAUUGGCCUAUUCUUUUCACUUUUUAUAUGUUUUGUUCUACUAUCAAGUAGUAAAUUUGCACAAAAUCAUCGAAAUUUACAACGAUCAUCUGGAGCAUUUGGUCUCGUUGCAGCAACAUUUGCUUGGUAUUCAGCUUUUGCACAUUUACUCAACAAGAGUGAUUGGUUUUUCAAAUUGCCUCUUUUUGAAGUACAACGUAAACAAUCCAAGGAAACGAAUAAUACUAUGGAACAAGCAUAA